GCCGGCGCGGGCGACCGAGGGUCCAGGCGAGUCCGCGGGCGGACGGGAGAUGCCGCUGCUACACCGAAAGCCGUUUGUGAGACAGAAGCCGCCCGCGGACCUGCGGCCGGACGAGGAAGUUUUCUACUGUAAAGUCACCAACGAGAUCUUCCGCCACUACGAUGACUUUUUUGAACGAACCAUUUUGUGCAACAGUCUUGUGUGGAGUUGUGCCGUGACGGGUAGACCUGGACUGACCUAUCAGGAAGCACUUGAGUCAGAGAAAAAGGCAAGACAGAAUCUUCAGAGUUUUCCAGAACCACUAAUUAUUCCAGUUUUAUACUUGACCAACCUUACCCAUCGUUCACGCUUGCAUGAAAUUUGUGAUGAUAUUUUUACAUAUGUCAAGGAUCGAUAUUUUGUUGACGAAACCGUGGAAGUCAUUAGGAACAAUGGUGCAAGGUUACAAUGUAGGAUUUUAGAAGUCCUCCCUCCAUCACAUCAAAAUGGUUUUGCUAAUGGACAUGUCAGCAGUAUAGAUGGAGAAACUAUCAUCAUCAGUGAUAGUGAUGAUUCAGAGACACAAAAUAGUUCUUUCCAAAAUGGGAAAAGAAAAGAUGCAAUUGAUCCCUUAUUAUUCAAGUACAAGGUGCAACCCACUAAAAAAGAAUUGUACGAGUGUGCUAUUGUUAAAGCAACACAAAUCAGCACUUAUCCUGGAACCACACCACUUCUGGCAUCCUCUCUUUCAACAUAUAAAAUAGCAGAACAAGAUUUUUCUUAUUUCUUCCCUGAUGAUCCACCCACAUUUAUCUUCAAUCCUACUAACAGAAGAAGAGGAAGACCUUCCAAACGAGUUAGUCAGGAGGGCAGUAUUUCUAGUAAACAAACUAUUGCAGGUCAUAGGAACAAAGCUACUAAAGAAAGAUACAAACUUUUGAAACAAGAAGAAUUGAAGUCACUGGCUUUUGAAAAGGCUAAAUUAAAAAGAGAAAAAGCUGAUGCCCUAGAAGCAAAGAAAAAGGAAAAGGAAGAUAAAGAAAAAAAGAAGGAAGAAUUGAAGAAAAUUGUUGAAGAAGAGAGACUGAAGAAGAAAGAAGAAAAAGAGAGACUUAAAAUAGAAAGAGAAAAGGAGAGAGAAAAACUACGUGAAGAGAAGCGAAAAUAUAUGGAAUACUUAAAACAGUGGAGUAAACCUAGAGAAGAUAUGGAAUGUGAUGAUCUUAAGGAACUUCCAGAACCAACUCCAGUGAAAACUAGACUACCUCCUGAAAUCUUUGGUGAUGCUCUGAUGGUUUUGGAGUUCCUUAAUGCAUUUGGUGAACUCUUUGAUCUUCAAGAUGAGUUUCCUGAGGGAGUAACCCUAGAAGUGUUAGAGGAAGCUCUUGUAGGAAAUGACAGUGAAGGCCCACUAUGUGAAUUGCUUUUUUUCUUCCUGACUGCCAUCUUCCAGGCGAUAGCUGAAGAAGAGGAGGAAGUAGCCAAAGAGCAAAUAACUGAUGCUGACACCAAAGAUUUAACAGAGGCUUUGGACGAAGAUGCAGACCCCACAAAAUCUGCACUUUCUGCAGUUGCAUCUUUGGCAGCUGCAUGGCCGCAGUUGCACCAGGGCUGCAGUUUGAAAAGCUUGGAUCUUGACAGCUGCACUCUUUCUGAAAUCCUCAGACUGCACAUCCUAGCUUCAGGUGCUGAUGUAACAUCAGCAAAUGCAAAAUACAGAUAUCAAAAACGAGGAGGAUUUGAUGCCACAGAUGAUGCCUGCAUGGAGCUUCGUUUGAGCAAUCCCAGUCUAGUGAAGAAGCUGUCGAGCACUUCAGUGUAUGAUCUGACACCAGGAGAAAAAAUGAAAAUACUUCAUGCUCUCUGUGGGAAACUGCUGACCCUAGUCUCUGCUAGGGAUUUCAUUGAAGAUUAUGUUGAUAUAUUACGACAGGCAAAACAGGAGUUCCGGGAGUUAAAAGCAGAACAACAUCGAAAAGAGAGGGAAGAGGCAGCUGCUAGAAUUCGUAAAAGAAAGGAAGAAAAACUUAAGGAACAAGAACAGAAAAUGAAAGAGAAACAAGAAAAACUAAAGGAAGAUGAACAAAGAAAUUCAGCUGCAGAUAUAUCUGUUGGGGAAGAAGAAAGGGAAGAUUUUGAUACUAGCACUGAGAGCAAAGAAAUAGAGCAAAAGGAACUAGAUCAAGAUACAGUUACUGAAGAUGAAGAUGACCCAGGAUCACAUAAAAGAGGCCGAAGAGGGGAAAGGGGGCAAAAUGAAUACAAAGAAUUUACAAGGCAAGAAGAGGUCAACUGCGAAACAAGAGAGCCUCUAACUACUGAUGAGGAAGAAGCUUUAAAACAGGAACACCAACGAAAAGAAAAAGAGCUCUUAGAAAAAAUCCAAAGUGCCAUAGCAUGUACCAAUAUCUUUCCCUUGGGCCGUGACCGUAUGUAUAGACGAUACUGGACUUUCCAUUCUAUUCCUGGAUUGUUUAUUGAAGAGGAUUAUUCUGGUCUCACUGAAGACAUGCUAUUGCCUAGACCUUCAUCAUUUCAGAAUAAUGUACAGUCUGAAGAUCCUCAGGUAUCCACUAAAACUGGAACAUCUUUGACAUCUGAAUCUACCUCCAGCAUUGACCAAGGUCUAUGUGAUGAUUCUGUGCAGCUGCCAAAACCAGUGCGUAAGCCAAACCGGUGGUGCUUUUACAGUUCUUGUGAACAGCUAGACCAGCUUAUUGAAGCUCUUAAUUCUAGAGGAUAUAGAGAAAGUGCCUUAAAAGAAACUUUGUUGCAAGAAAAAAACAGGAUAUGUACACAGCUAGCCCAUUUUUCUGAAGAGAAACUUCAUUUUUCAGACAAACCUCAAACUGACAGCAAACCUACAUAUAGUCGGGGAAGAGCUUCCAGUGCAUGUGAUCCAUCGCAGAUGUCUGCAGAAAGACAGCUUGAAUUGAGGCUGAGAGAUUUUCUUCUGGAUAUUGAGGACAGAAUCUACCAAGGAACAUUAGGAGCAAUCAAGGUUACAGAUCGACACACAUGGAGAUCAGCAUUAGAAAGUGGACGGUAUGAGCUGUUGAGUGAGGAAAACAAGGAAAAUGGGAUAAUUAAAACUGUUAAUGAAGAUGUAGAAGAGAUGGAAAUUGAUGAACAAGCAAAGGUCAUAAUAAAAGACAGACUUUUGGGCAUAAAAACAGAAACACCAAGUACUGUCUCAACUAAUGCAAGUACCCCACAAUCAGUGAGCAACGUGGUUCAUUAUCUGGCAAUGGCACUUUUCCAAAUAGAGCAGGGCAUUGAGCGGCGUUUUCUCAAAGCUCCACUUAAUGCCAGUGACAGUGGGCGUUCUUAUAAAACAGUCCUGGACCGUUGGAGAGAGUCUCUCCUUUCUUCUGCUAGUCUGUCCCAAGUCUUUCUUCAUCUCUCCACCUUGGAUCGUAGUGUUAUAUGGUCUAAAUCUAUACUGAAUGCUCGUUGCAAGAUAUGCCGAAAAAAGGGUGAUGCAGAAAAUAUGGUGCUUUGUGAUGGAUGUGACCGGGGUCAUCAUACCUACUGUGUUCGCCCAAAGCUCAAGACUGUGCCUGAAGGAGAUUGGUUCUGUCCAGAGUGUCGGCCUAAGCAACGUUCUAGAAGACUCUCCUCUAGACAGAGACCAUCCUUGGAAAGUGAUGAAGAGAUGGAAGAUAGUAUGGAAGGUGAGGAUGAUGAAGUUGAUGAUGAUGAUGAAGAGGAUCAAAGUGAGGAGGAAGAAUAUGAGGUAGAACAAGAUGAAGAUGACUCUCAAGAAGAGGAAGAAGUCAGCCCACCAAAACGAGGGAGACCACAGGUUAGAUUGUCAAUUAAAACAAGAGGGAGACUUGGUUCUUCUUUCUCAAGUCGUGGCCAACAACAAGAUCCUGGAAGAUAUACUUCAAGGAAUCAGCAGAGUACACCCAGAACAACUGUUUCUUCUAAAACUACUGGUAGAAGCCUAAGAAAGAUAAAAUCUGCUCCUCCUACAGAAACUAAAUCUUUAAGAAUUGCCAGUCGUUCUACUCGCCAGAGUUAUGGCCCGUUGCAAGCAGAUGUAUUUGUGGAACUACUUAGUCCUCGUAGAAAACGCAGAGGCAGGAAAAGUGCUAAUAAUACACCAGAAAAUAGUCCCAACUUCCCAAACUUCAGAGUCAUUGCCACAAAGUCCAGUGAGCAAUUAAGAUCUCUAAAUGUUGCUUCAAAACUUUCUCUCCAAGAUAGUGAAUCCAAGAGAAGCAGCAGAAAAAGACAAUCUACAGAAUCAUCUCCUAUGACACUGAAUCGAAGGAGUUCAGGCCGACAGGGAGGAGUUCAUGAAUUGUCUGCUUUUGAACAACUUGUCGUGGAAUUGGUUCGGCAUGAUGACAGCUGGCCUUUUUUGAAACUUGUUUCUAAAAUACAGGUCCCAGACUAUUAUGACAUCAUCAAAAAACCCAUUGCCUUAAAUAUAAUUCGUGAAAAAGUGAACAAAUGUGAAUAUAAAUUAGCAUCUGAGUUUAUCGAUGAUAUUGAGUUAAUGUUUUCGAACUGCUUUGAGUACAACCCUCGUAACACAAGUGAAGCAAAAGCUGGAACUAGGCUUCAAGCAUUUUUUCAUAUUCAGGCUCAAAAACUUGGACUCCACGUCACACAUGGGAAUAUGGAUCAAGUUAGCACACCACCACCUACAAAAAAGUCACGAAUCUAAAUUUUGUCCUUCUAAAGGAUGUAUUGAGAAAAUAAAUUGUUCAUGAAAAUGGAACAUUAAAUCGUACUCUAAAAGCAGACAUAUGUAUAAAGCAGUAACAACUGAUUGACCACAUUGAAGUGUGGCCUGCACUAUAUUCUCAAUUUUAAUAUUAAGCACUCAGGAGAAUGUAGGAAAGAUUUCCUUUGCUACAAUUUUGUUCAGUACCUAAAAGUUUGAUGUACUGGAUACAGUACUGGUUUACAGAGAUUUUUGUACAUUUUGAGAUCGUUCAUGUGUCCCAGUAUCUUGAAAAAUGUUUUUCUUCUAUGACAUAUUUUGUCAUUGAUGAUUUUUUAGAAGUGUGGUAUUAAGGGAGAUUUGUCUACGUAGAUAGAUCUUCUCUUAUAGCACAGUUUAGAAAAAAAGUGUAUGCCAAGAAUUGUUUAAUGAGCACAUUCUUUCAACACUACACAUGAAUGAAUCCAAUUUUAUAUCCUUGAAGUGCUAUACCAGUGCUGACUGGAGGUAUUAAGUCUGAGUUUAUUAACUAGAUAUUUAUUUAGCAUUCUGAGUAAUUUGUGAAUUUGUUUUGUAUUUAUAAAAUUUGUACCUGGAAAAUGUUCUUUAAUUUUUUUAAACAUUUUACUAUGUUUUUGUUUUAUUUCUCUAACUUCUUUAAUGAUCAAUCAAUAAAAGGUAAUACCUUCCCUUUUCCUUGACAGUUCUUCAGUUUUACAGAACUGUAUUGUAAGUUUCUAUAUACAACUUUUUAAGUGUACAAAUAAAAUAAUACUUUUUUUUUCAAGUA